UGCCAGAGUUUAUAAAGUUGUGUAAGAUUUUUCGAGCACGUUAAAUGUAAACAUAAUUUGAAUUUGCAAUAAUAUAUUGAUAUAUUCCUUGCAAUAUUACCCAUAAAAAAUUUGAAUUGAAAUUAAUCAAAGUACAACCAGCGACUUUUAAAUUUAAAUUGCUCAAGGAAAAUCCUAUGUGUGGUCAACAGUGACCUUGAUCGAGUGUGGAAGUAAGUGGGGAGGGGCCAUGAAUACUUGUAUCACCAAGGGACUCAAAAUCAUAGCAUACUCCAAUAAAAAACAUGCAAUAUGGAUAGAUUGUCUGUGAGUUGUGGAGUUACAAUGGCUGCAGUGUUGUACUAAUUUGAUAUUUUCAAAGAACUGCCUUUGCUUGACUUGCCUAAAACUAUUUUAAUUAGGUAAAUUCUAAGUAACGUGAUGAUGGCUGUGACGAGCAUAGUAAACCCUUCAUUAGCAGAAAACAAAAUCGAUGCCGAUUGUCUAAGGACUGGAAUAAAACUGAAGAAUGUCGUGCUCAGACAGUGUACGGCUAAAAUUCAUGCGGAGUGUCUUUUCGAAGCGCCAGAAAUUUUACAGAAUAUUUGCCUAUUCAUGAGCGCAGAUCCUGUGACAGGGUUUGGCUCAAAUUGGAAAAAAUUUGCUGAUAAGUUGGGUCUGACAAAUCAGCAGAUCACGGUUAUCGAGAGAGAUUAUCAAGCGAAACAUAGUUCAACUUGGUGGGUCUUACUAUCAUUUGCAUACAACGCAAAUGCUACAGUAGAAAACGUUUUGAAUGUAUUAGAAGAUAUGGGCAGAUUAGACAUCAUUGAUAAGAUUAGCGAUAGUAUGCUGCGAUUUGCUGAACGUGUCUCUGAACAGCAUAAAUCGAACGAAGCUGAAGGCAGCGUAUUGAGAUCGGCAGCUGGUAUCGAAUGGCUACCUCUCGUGUUGAGACCAUUAAAUUCAAGGGAGAACAAACUUUACAAAAUCCCAGGCAUCACAUCAACACUUGUAAAUGACGGCAAGUUUGUUGACAGCGGAAUAAUCGACAACACACGACCAAAUAUACCUCUAGCCAUGAGAGUAAUGUUAACUUUUGCUAGUGACGGAGCAGAAGUAGCAAAACGAAUCACUAAAAAAUUCAGGCAACAUGAGCCGAGGAUCGGAGUUUUGAUUUUGAAGGAACAACAAGACCAUGUAUUUAUCAAGAGCACAGAGUUUAUAAAUGACUGCUUUGAACAGGUGGAUACUAUAAUUCCAAUUUUAACAAAGGGAUACUUUGACGCGAUAAAUAAUCCCCCGACUGCAAAUGAAGAGGAAUCGUCAUUUGCAUUAGAUGAACGAUAUGUAAAAUACAUAUAUCAAUCUUUUACGAACGAGUUAGUAAGAAAUGACUGCUUGGGUAGACGUGUGAGAUGUAUCUUCCCAGAAGGAACAAAGCGUCGUGAUCUCAGGGUCGAUCAUUUAAGCUUAAGAGCUUGGUAUAGAGAAGAGAACAUUCAAGAUUUUAUCAAUUUGUUACUUCGAGGAAGACAAAAUGGGAAUAAUUAAUAAAUCCAUUACCAGUUAACCAAGAGAAGGAAAUAAGAUCUGAACAGAAAAGUUAAUCACAAUACCGAGAUUGAAAUUUAGACAAUUUAUAUUACGAAAAAUAUUAAUGAAUAUAAAAUUUUUGUUCGCUGCCGCAAAAUUUACACGCAGCCUGCCCGAUAUGCAUGAAAAAUUUAUAAUCAAAUGUAAUAUACUUGUGUUAGACACGGAUUGACCUCAGGUGUAGAUAAUAUAUUGUGUUACUUAAAUACCAAGCAACACUAGAGACAUAACAGGGUUCAGUCAAAUUUUAACUGACCAUUUGCUGCUGGUAGUGAAUAAACUAUUUUUAAACUGGAUUAAAAUCCCUGUACAGUAGAUAUAUACAUAAAUGUAGAAUGUGUCUUGUUUCCUUACUGUACUUUUCUAUACUUGUGUAUUUUUUAGUUGAACUAAAAUGAAUGAAUGUAUAAAUAAAAAUAGAUAAAUUAGAAAUGUA